AACCAACAAGCAAAAUCCCCUUGUCGCCCGGGCAACUUUAUGCUCUGAAUUUGUGACGUUUGAUGGCAAAUGUUUCAAAACGUCUACUUCCGCAUACGUCCGCAUGACGUAAUCCCAGGCGCUCAACGCCAUUUCCCCGAUUUCUUUUGGUAGCGGAUAAACGUGCUGAAGCCUCCAUCACGGCUCGAAACGUUUCGGAUGAAAUCUUGUAUGCGGUCAAACUUGUCUCGUGCACGCUGAGGCUUCGCGGCCUCGCUUAGUUUGGCUUAUCUUCGGUUAGCUUAGCUUAGCUUAGCUUGAGGCGUUUGCGAUCAAGCACACCGCCAAGUCUGGUGUGAAAAUGUGCGCAAGAGGCGCAGCAGGCUCCGAGGGCGAAGUUUGGGCCGCAAAAGAGCGACAAAGUCAACUUGGGGACGCUGUUUGCAAGGUGCGGCCUCCAGUGUUGCUGCACAGAGCAGACGUCAGUGAAGGUCUUCGUCCUGAGUGGCCUCGCAUUAAAAAGGAAGAGGACGAUGAAGAGCGCCACCAUAUUAAAGAGGAAGAGGAGGAGGAAGAGCUCCCCCACAUUAAAGAGGAGGAGCUGCAGUGCCUUUACAAUAAACGGACAGAAGAGCCUCCUCACAUUAAAGAGGAGAAGUGGGAGCACUUUCACAUUGAGGAGCAGCAGCAGCAGCAGCAGACGGCCCGCAUCAAAAAGGAGGAAGAGCCCCCGUACGUGAAAGAGGAGGAGGAGCGUGUCACAGGGUUGCCAUCGACCGGUGUCCCCCUGAAGAGGGAAGAUGAAGGUCCAAGUGAGAACAGCGGAGGGGCGGAGCCUGCGAGCAGCGGCAGCAGCUCGAGUCGACGCACGACAACAGAAGGUGAAGGAGACCGCCGCGGACCAUCACAAGCAGACGGCCUCCUCGCUCCGCUGUCGGACGGUGACCACGCCACGUCACACUCUCCGUAUACUGAGGAUGAUGAUGAUGAUGAGGCUGAAGGUCAUGAGACAGGUCGCACAGACAAGAAACGAUGGGAAUGUUCUCAUUGUGGAAAAACCUUUGCUUCCAAGUGCAGUUUGAAAGUUCAUAUGACGACACACACUGGAGAAAAACCUUUUGCCUGCUCAGUUUGUGGUAAAAGAUUCUCUCAUCGCGCAAGCUUAAGAAGUCACACAAGAACCCACACGGGUGAGAAACCUUUUGCCUGCACAGUUUGCGAUCAAAGAUUCUCUCAGAAAACAAACCUAAGACAGCACACAAGAACCCACACUGGAGAGAAACCGUUUGCCUGCUCAGUUUGUGGUAAAAGAUUCUCUCAUAACGCAAGCUUAAGAAGUCACACAAGAACACACACUGGUGAGAAACCGUUUGCCUGCUCAGUCUGUGGUCAAAGAUUUACUUUUAAUGGAAGCUUACGAAGACACACAAGGUCACACACUGGAGAGAAACCUUUUGUCUGUUCAGCUUGCGGUAAACGAUUCAUUGAAAAGGGAGACUUAAAAAUACAUACAAGAACACAUACUGGGGAGAAACCUUAUGUUUGCUCAGCUUGUGGCAAAACAUUCUCUGAAAAGGCACAUUUAAGAAUGCACACAAGAACACAUACUGGUGAAAAACCUUUUUCCUGCUUAGUUUGUGGCCAAAUGUUCUCUCACAAAGGAAGCUUAAAAAUACACACAAGAACACACACUGGUGAGAAACCAUUUGCCUGCUCAGUUUGUGGUCAGAGAUUCUCUGAUAAUGGAAGCAUGAGAAGACACACGAGAACACACACUGGUGAGAAACCUUUUCCUUGCUUAGUUUGUGGCCAAGGAUUCUCUCAAAAGGGAACCUUAAAAAUACACACAAGAACACACACUGACGUCAGUGAAGGUCUUCAUCCUGAGUGCCCUCACAAAGAGGAAGAGGAGGAUGAAGAGCACCACCACAUGAAAGGAGAAGUGGGAGCACUUUCACAUCGAGGAGCAGAAGCACACCGCCCACAUCAAAAAGAAGGAGGAAGAGGAGGAUGUCACGGAGUUGCCAUCAACUGGUGUCCCUCUGAAGAGUGAAGAUGAAGGUCCAAGUGAGAACAGCGGAGGGGCGGAGCCUCCGAGCAACGGCACCAGCUCGAGUCGACACAUGACAACAGAAGGCGAAGGAGACCGCCGCGGACCAUCACAAGCGGACGGCCUCUUAGCUCCGCUGUCAGACGGUGACCACGCCACGUCACACUCUCCGUAUACUGAAGAUGAUGAUGAUGAUGAGGCUGAAGGUCAUAAGACAGGUCACACAGGCAAGAAACGACGGGAAUGUUCUCGGUGUGGGGACACUUUUUGCUCAUAAGAGAUAUUUGAAACGACACAAGAACGCACACUGGGGAGAAACCUUUUGCCUGGUCAGUUUGUGGCCAGAGAUUCUCUGAACGUUCAAGUUUAAGAAGACACGCGCGAACACACACUG